AUGGAGAAAGCUGCCAUCCUUGAUGACCCUAUGGAGUGCAGCAGAGGAGAGCGUCUGGCUAUCACGCUGGCCAAAGACAGCAUCAACAGGAGCAGUAACCGCUCCAUCACUGGCAAGCUGGAGGUGGACAUCUUUGAACUGCUGAGAGACAGCGAAUAUGAGAUGGGGGAAACAAUGUGCCAGAUCAUGUCCAAAGGGGUGGUGGCAGUCCUUGGUCCAUCUGCCAGUCCAGCUUCCAACUCAAUCAUCAGCAAUAUAUGUGGAGAGAAGGAG